AUGGUAAGUUCAGUUUAUGGUUCAUAUCACUAUGUUGGUUGUUAUAAACAAGUAUUUUACAAUAAUUAUUUCAUCAGUUCUUAUAUGGAACCAACAUUAUGUUUUCUUUUAUGUGAUACACCGAUUAUUUAUAUACAAGACAGAUUUUGCCGAUGUUCAGGUGGCGGUCUUAUGGAUUAUAAUCGACAGAUAGAUGAACUUUGUCGGAUACCAUGUAGAAAGCCAGGUAAUCGUCAAGUGAAAACAGUUCAAACAUGCGGAGGUACACAAACAUAUUCAGUUUAUGCUGAAGAAAAAUUUUAUACUCAGCAUGCUCAUUUAUUCAACUUUCGUAUUCAAUUUAAAUCAUGUGAAUUAUGGAAUACUUCACGUAAUUAUGAUGCAUUACAAAUUAAAAUUGAUAAAUCAUCUGUUAAAUCUCCGUUGAAUAAAUUGGAACGAUGUGCUGCUGCAUGUCUUGAUCAAAAUACUACGACCAAAUCCAUAGCACGCCAUCGACGUUGUUUAUCCUGCAUAUAG